AUGGCGUCAACACCACUUGGUUCGCCCAUCGCCAGCGGCUUCGGAGAUAUCACGAGCAUGCCACGGUCGGUGCCCUAUGAUGCGCCAGCAACCUUCGCGCAGGGCGGCAUACAGUUUCCUGCCUCAUGGCAAAUGCCAACAUCAGAUCUCCUGCAGUUGAGUCAGCCGUCGUCGCCGUCUGGCUACAUGUCGGUCAACGACCUUGCGCAGCAGAUAUUCCAGGAGCCGCUUCCGUUGCAUGCGCCAACUUCAGCGCCUCCAAGUGUCACAAGCUAUCCAACCAGGCCGACCAGUGCGCCACGGACGUUGCAUCCCAGUCCGCCCAAACUAGAUGCCCGACCACCUUCGAUCGAUCAGAUCAUGUCGGCAGGUCACACUCCUACUUCUCCACCACCGACGUCAACAGCCGCAAGCUCGCCGAUGCCGGCCAACGGGCCCAAGUAUCUGUACAGGAGCGACUCCGGCCCCUACCCUGCAGAGCCACGGAUCCUGACUUUGGCCGCUGAAGUCGGCAUGUCUGCGUUAUUGAUAGCACAAUGCAUCCGGCAGUACUUCCGACACGUCUACGCUAUCAGGCCAUUCAUACACGAGGCCUCUUUCAUGGCGCGUCUUUCCCAACCUGAGGAGCUCAACAUGGAGGAGAAAGUCCUCAUUCUGUCGCUGAGCGCCGUCGUCGUCCUGCAGGAUAGCCCUGACGUCGACUUGUCCCUGGGAAAGCGCCAUAGCCUGGGUCAAAGGUUCCUCGAACUCGCCAUCGUGACCCGAAAAAUGUAUGAUUGGAUCGAGCAUUCGACCUUGUCCGCUAUUCAAUCAUCCUAUUUCAUCUGCGUCGCCCUCUUCGAGCUCAAACGGCCGAAGUCACACCACUUCUAUCUCCGCGAAGCCAUCGGCAUGGCGUACGAUCAGAAUCUCCACCGCGAAUCAACAUAUAUAGGUAUGGAGCCAAUCGCAGCCAUCUGUGCACGCCGCACAUUCGCCGUGCUCUUCGUCACAGAGCGCGGUCUUGCAAUACUGCGAAACAAGUCCGCCACAAUAGCUGCACUUCCCGCCGUUCCGUCAGACUUCUUCGACGAGCAAGAUCGAAUCGUCCUAGCGGGCUUCACUGCCCUCUCGAGCCUCUUCUCAUUACUGGACGAAAAGUUCAUCGAUCUCUGGAGAAGCGAUAGCGCGUCCAAUUCUGCACCAAUUACCAACAUCACGAAUCUUCAGCACUCUCUUAACAACUUUCGCAUCGACUAUUCCGUGCUGACAGAGACCCAGAAGGCUGACAUCCUUAUCACACAUCAGUGGCUGCGCUUGAUUUUCUGGCAAGCCUCAAUGCGCCAAGGCUUGGUCUCCUCAGACGCGACCGACCCUGUCUUCUACUACAACUAUCCCAUCGUCAUAGCCAAAGACUUGUGUCAGAUUAUCAGCAAUGAGUUGAGCUACGAAGCGAUCGCAGUGCACGGUCUGGGCAUUUUCGAGAGAAUCUUCGAGGUAGCAUACACGCUCAUGGACGCUCUUACAAUAGCGGACAUGCAAUGGGCUGAAAGCGGAGAGUUGAGGGUGCUGUUUGGAGUUCUGGCAAGUAGCCCGAACAGCCAGAAUACGUAUGUGCGCAUGCUGGAAGGAAAGGCGGACAAUGCGCCGCAGAGUCCGAUCGGGAGUCCUGUUAGUAGCGUGGGCGGCGCUGCGUAG